GUUUUAUAAACAGAUGGUACAUGAUACGAGAUUGUUUACGUCAUUAUCUACUGUUUAACCUAAAAUUCAAUGCUUUUUAUAUGCAUAAUAAUAUUAUCCUAUCUAUAAUAUCCUAUGAUUUUAAAUUUAAUUUUAUCUCAAAUAACAGACAGUCUGCCGUACGUCCAGAUCUGUGUAUUCCAGUAAUGGAUAAUCGACAUUGAACAUUCUAAUAUCAUUGAAUAGUUGGAGGUAAUUAUUAACAAUGAACAAUUGGGAAGGCAGACAGCGACAGGUGCUGCAGGAAGGGACCUCUGCCCUGGAGAGGACGGCCGACAGUCUUCGUCGUUCGGAGAGAACUGCUCUUGAGACGGAAGCGAUCGGAGCGACAGUAGUCGCCGAACUUGGUCAGCAGCGCGAGUCGCUCAUCAGAGCCAGCAACCGGCUCAACAACAUCGACGAGAACAUGUCACGAACAAGGAGUAUACUCAACGCCAUGACCCGCAACAUACUCACCAACAAACUCAUCCUCAUACUGAUCAUUCUCAGUGAGGUCGGCAUUCUCGGCUGCCUACUUUACAUCAAAUUGAAGAAAUGAUCCAUCUGUGAAAUUAUCAACCAAAUCUUGUAAAUAGAUUAUAAAUUGUAUAUACUAUAGGCGAUAUAUAAGGAUUAUGAGUGUGUGCACACAGAAAACAGUCAUCGGUCUUGGGAGGAUAUAGACCCGUAUUAUACCCUUCUAAGACCGCUGAAAAUCGGAACGCAUGAUCACUCCCUUUGUGAACAUACCUUAUAAUAAGUGUCCUA